UGCGCAACAAGUAUCAACACAGGGGGAGAAUACAUGUCCAAACUCGUGGGGUUGGUUUUUCCACCAUAGGCUCUAGUUUUUAAACUGCGUUUGGUCCGACAAGAAAAUAUCACGCAACCAAAGCAAAGGGUCCGGCAGGCCGAUGUGGAGCGUACUCACACACACACACACACACACAUGCCGAGAAGUCAGCCCAGCGCAAGCUGCACUUGAGGCCAGCAGAGAGGAGCGGCAGGUGUUUGCAUUGCCGGCAUUGCACAAAGUCAAGGACACGGAACAUCCGGGAUGGCUGGAAAGAGACGAGGCCGGGGCGCCAACGUCCAGAACGCCUCACAGAGGCAAAGCCGAGGCCCACACAGGGCUCUGAGGGAGCCAGCUGCUUUUGCCAAGUCUACAGGUUAUGAAUCAGAGAUCCCUCAUGAAAAGCUGACCAUUGCCCAAGCGCGAAGAGGCACACCAGCGCAUCGUCCGGUGAGAGUCUAUGCCGACGGUAUCUUCGAUCUUUUCCAUUCGGGACAUGCUCGAGCCCUGAUGCAGGCCAAAAACGUCUUCCCCAACACCUUCCUCAUAGUAGGAGUCUGCAGCGACGAACUCACCCUCAAGUUUAAGGGCUACACGGUGAUGACCGAGGAUGAGCGCUACGACGCCCUGAGGCACUGUCGCUACGUGGACGAGGUGGUGCGGGAUGCUCCCUGGUCCCUUUCCACAGAGUUCCUCAACAAGCAUAAGAUUGACUUUGUGGCCCACGAUGACAUCCCUUACACCUCUGCUGGAUCAGAGGAUGUGUACAAACACAUCAAGGAAGCAGGGAUGUUCGUGGCCACCCAGAGGACAGAAGGCAUCUCCACGUCUGAUCUGAUCACUCGUAUCGUCCGGGAUUAUGACAUCUAUGUGCGACGCAACCUGCAAAGAGGCUACACGGCACGAGAGCUGAAUGUUGGGUUCAUUAAUGAGAAGAAAUACCGACUUCAGGAACAGGUGGACAAGAUGAAAGAGACGGUCCGUACAGUGGAGGAAAAGUCCAAACACUUUGUCUACAGAGUGGAAGAGAAGAGCCAAGACCUCAUCCACAAGUGGGAAGAAAAGUCGCGAGAAUUCAUUUGCAACUUCCUGAAGCUUUUUGGACCUGAUGGGACCUGGCAUGCGAUUCAGGAGAGCAGUGGCCGUAUGAUCCAGGCGCUGUCACCUUACUCCUCGCCCCGAGGCUCCCCCGGCAGCAGUCCCACCCGAGGACGCUCCGUCUCUCCUGACUCCUCAGCCGCCUCUGCGUCCCCCUCCUCCCUCUCCCCUCCUUCCUCCCCCUCCUCGAGGAAAAGGGCCACUCGCUCCUCUCGCAAAGCUGCCUCCACAAACAAUGUACAAUAAACUUGUCAUGAAUCUUUUUUGGUCAUUAAUCUGGUGGAUAUUGUGUCUGUGGAGGCUGUUCAUUGAAAUCAACUAAUUAAAAGGAAAUGCUUUGAACUGGUCUAUUGGCUUUACAAAAUUCUAUAGCUCAUUAUUUAGUUGUCCGAUCAGCAGAUUUACUGAAAGGAAAAAAAAAAAGUUACUCCCUAACUGCUGGGUGUGUAAAUAAGCAACUGUUUGUUGAAGUUUACCGCAUCAUAAAAGGGAAUAAUGUGGCCACGUUCUGUUCACAAUCCAAGUCAUAUAAUCCCUUUUGAAUUAAAAUAUAUAACACACAAAAUAAUUUGUUUGUGAAGCUUUAAAAUGAUAUACUUUGAGUUACAAGUACCCUAUAUUUGUGACCAUGAAUGGAAUAAUUGUAAUUCAGUAUGUUCUUAAAUUUAACAUAAAGUCUGGAAAAUAGUUAAACGCAAAUAAAUAAAUGCUGGCAGACUGGUAUAUUUAAAAUUACUCA